AGUAGAGUUUUUCCACUAACUUGACAAUUGCUAAAUUGAAAAAUAUAUAUAUUGCAAGGCUAUCAAUCAAUAAAUCAAGUGAAAAACCAAAAAAAUCAUGUUUAACAGUUACUUUUCGGAUAGGUACAAUGGCAAACAUGAACGUUUCUAUAAGCGCUAUGAAGUUAUUUGCCGAACCAUACCCAAUAUGCCACCCAUGCUACGGCCACGUACUACAGGCAACAGCCAUAAUAGCAACAGCAGCAGCAGCAGAGGCUCAUCAUCCACACGAUGUCACAAUAUUAAGCCGAAAACUGCCUCAAAGAUGAAGUUCCAAUAUGGCACUUCUGAGCCCACCAACGAUUGGAGAGCCACCGAUGAUCUAUCCAUUGUGGUGCGACGACAAAUCGAAGAGACGGAGGGAGUACAGUUGAUGGCCAUUUAUCAGCCAUUGGAUGUUACUUGUGAAUUUAGCCAUACGAUAUGGGAAAUUGAGUUGCCUGACAGUCAAUGCCAAGAAGAGUCAAGCCAACCAAAUCCUUUGAGCCGAACUAAAGUAAAUAUAGGCAAAAUCAAGUUACUAAUCGGUGGCAAUAGGCUAGAAAGGAAAAGGUUAAUGCAAGCUGAGACUUUGUCUCAAAAACAAGCACAAAUUCAGCAAGAGGUUAAGAAGCCAAAGACCGAUCGUAGACGAAUAAAACCUAUGCCAGGUGAAUCAUUUAACUGUAGGCAUUGUACUAAGGUUUUCCAUCAUGCCUGGAUGCUGGUGGCACACACACGGAUACACACCGGUGAAAGGCCCUUCACCUGUCCAGAUAAGUCAUGCCAAAAGUCGUUUGCUGAUCGUUCAAAUUUGCGCUCUCAUCAACGUACUUUGGGUCAUCAUUGCUGGCAGCAUCAGUGUGCACAGUGUGGCAAGUAUUUUAGUCAGGAAUGCUAUCUCAAUCGUCACUCCUUGGAUGCAUGUCGCAAAUAUCUCUUGACCAUUAUCCAUAAAAAGUCAUGAAAUUAUGUUUAAAUUCAUCUUAAGGCUGCAAAUAUAAACCAAGAGUUGUUUGAUUUUCUUA